AUGUCAUGGGCAGCAUUCUGGAGAGAACCAAUCCUAGGAAUCACCAAUCCAGAAUUUUCUGGCCUUGCCAGAAGUCUUGGACGUGAAAGCAAUGCAUCCCGGAACCUUUACCGGUACAUCCUUCGGAAGAACAAAGCAUUGCCAAUUCCGAUCACCUUCGUUCAAACACCUGUCAGAAAGAAGAAGAAUGUCAAGGUGAAGAUCAUCCCUUGGCCGUGCAUGCUGCUGACGGAUUGGGUCAAGGUAUGUAUGGAAGACCCCAAGUACAGAGGACGUUUUUUUCUAGGUGGUCAUACUCUCGACACCCUAGAGCAAGCCGAAGACAUGUUGGAAACAUUUUGGCAUCGGUACGCCAAAGUGGAGACCGCGUUGUCUCCCACCCAUCCCCGAAGAACAAUACCGGUGUUCCUUCAUGGUGAUGAAGGCAGAGGCCUUGUACAUCGGAAUACCUUCAACACGCGGAUGCUCUUCACAGUCGUCCCCUCUGCCCAGUAUGCACCGGAUGGAUCUACUCUACAAUGUUUGAUGGAAACCUUGACCCAAGACCUCAACCGUGCUAGGGAAACCGGAAUAGAGGUUUGUGUGGAUGGCAAGCGCCUCACAUGGUGGAUCCAAUUCGCUGGAACAAAGGGAGAUUGGCCAUUUCUUCGUAGCUGUUACAAACUGUAUAGCGGUUUUACAAGCCUCCGUGUUUGCCAUGCUUGCAGUGGUGUGGACUGGUAUGAUGUCUCUGCUGGAAACCCGGUGCGUUCGAUGCCAAAGGGUGCAGAGGUUGAGGAUCCAUUUCACCAGGGUGAUAUGGCCGCCAUCCGAUUCGCUGAGCCAAUUGAAUUUGGUCAAAGUGUGAGAGCGUUGAAAAUUGACAUUGCUCACUGCUAUGCGAUUUCUGGCUUCGGCAAAGACGAUAUUGCAAGUACGCUGGUUUUUCUUGCCGUGAGGUGCUCAAUCUUUGGCCACGCUAGCUUUGAGGCGCAAUUGGAAGAGGCGUUUUGCCAUUUCAAAGAAUGGACUCGUCAGAAAGGCAAGCGCACGACUGUGACAGAGUUUUCUAAGACUACCCUCAAGAUCUCUUCGUUGCAAGAUUUCCCAGCAGGCUUGGGAAAAGGCAGCGACUGUGCAGUGAUCUCGGCUUGGUUGGAAUUUGUCCUUCAGAAGCUGUCCUGGGAGGACGUGCCAGAACAGUGCCGGGAUCUCCUGCAGGUCGUGAAGUGGGGAAACGCUUCUGCAAAUGCAUUUUUCCGGCUCGUGUAUUCCGGAAGUACGUGGCUAGACCGCCAGCAAGCCAAACUUGCCGUACAGCACGGCUGGGCUUUCACAGAUACUUGGUAG